AUGGCGUCGCAGAACCUCGCGAAGCGCUGGCGCGAACUAAACGGGAAGAACAAUUGGGAAGGCCUUUUGGAUCCUCUUGACCCCGACCUCCGCGAACACAUCAUCACCUACGGCGAACUAUCGCAGGCCGUCUAUGACGCAUUCAAUGACGACGAAGUGUCGCGCUUCACCGGCGCGCCGCGGUACGCGCGCCAUGACUUCUUCGACAAAGUGUUUCUCAAGGCUGGUCGGCCGUACAGCUACACGGUGACAAAGUUUGUGUACGCGACUACAGGUGUGGAGCUGCCGGGAGGGUUAAUACUGAAGUCCCAGGCAAAGGAUUGGAAGCUGCAGGAGUCGAAUUGGAUGGGCUAUGUGGCUGUGGCGACUGACGAAGGAACGGCGGCGUUGGGCCGGCGGGACGUUGUGGUGGCAUGGAGGGGAACGGUGAGGCCGCUCGAGUGGGUUAAUGAUUUUGAGUUCGUGUUGGUCCCCGCCGGUGAUAUUGUGGGGUCCAGUCAACCAGACGUUGGAAACGGUGGCAAGGAGCCAAAAGUAUACUUGGCAUGGAAGUCUAUUUACACUUCGGAGAAUCCAAAGUCGCCCUUCAAUGGGACAUUACUCCUUCUCCAGGUUCUUAAAGAAAUAAGAAGGCUAAUCGACUUGUACCAAGACGAAGAAGUAAGCAUAACUGUUACAGGACACAGCCUCGGUGCCGCCCUUGCCGCAAUCACAUCUGUGGACAUCAUCACCCAUGGACUCAACAAGCCAACUGGUCGCCCUGACUUCUCCGCUCCUGUCACCGCCAUUGUCUUCGCGAGCCCUCACGUCGGCGAUGCCUCAUUCAAGAAGGCAUUCGAUGACCUUGCACCUGACCUCAGGCUGCUUCGCAUCACUAAUAGCCCCGACUUAGUCCCUAAGUAUCCCCUUAUAGGAUAUGCAGACAUUGGCACUGAACUUGUCGUCGACGCGCAAAAGUCGAAGUUCUUGAAGUCUCCCGGCGGGCCUGUGGGGUGGCAUAGCCUAGAAGCCUAUAUGCAUGGUGUAGCAGGAACUCAUGGGAGUAAAGGAGAGUUCAAGCUAGAAGUGGAUAGAGACAUAGCCCUACUUAAUAAGUAUAUUGAUGCAGUGAAGGACGAGUACAUGAUUCCGGUUUCUUGGUGGGUGGAGAAGAAUAAAGGGAUGGUUCAGGGUGAAGAUGGGCAUUGGAGAUUGCAAGACCAUGAAGAAGACAAUGAUGACAUUUUUAUGAAAUUAUUGUUGUAGGACACGUGGGAGAAAAUAAUGUGAUAUAGUGAAAGUUUGUUAAAUUUCUUAAAAUGAUGUAAAAAGAGAUUAUCAAGCAAUUUUUAACUAAAUGUAAUAAAAUUA